UCUGCCGAAUAGAUUUCAGGGCCUAUAAAAGGACGAGCAGCAUUCGCCUGUGGCUCAUUCGAUGUACGUCUUUCGCGGCAGAUUUCUCUCAAAAUCCUUCGUCCUUUGGCAGUGCCACAAUAUGCAUCGUCUGUUGUUCCGCCCCAGCGUCUGUGUUCUCUUCCUGCUGCUGGUUGACUCCUUCAGCACCCACAAGAAUGCCAAGCGCAACGAGAUCGAUUCCUGGGAGGACCUCAACAAAGAGAUUAGCUUCGAUACGACCAUCACGAAUCUUGGGCUCAAUGUCAACGACACGGGCGACAACAGCAGGAUGUUCGAGCGGACCAGGGAUCCGAAGCAUCAGCAGAUGGGACGCAUGACGGAGAGCGAACUCAGCCAGAUGCGUGUCUACAAUGUGGGCGUGCUGAUGGCCUCCCAUUUGGAUUCCCCAUUCGAUCUGGAGCGCUGCGGACCGGCCGUGGACCUGGCCUUGGAUCAGAUAAACAAGCUCUUCCUGCGACCCCACAACAUUACGCUCGCAAAGAAGAAGGCCAGCUACCCAUCCUGCUCGGGCGCCCGUGCACCCGGACUGGCUGCAGACAUGCACUUCCAGGACGACGUCAUCGCCUUCAUUGGACCAGCCUGCGCAUUCGCCCUUGAGCCGGUGGCUCGUCUGGCCGCCUACUGGAACACCCCCAUCAUUACGGGCAUGGGGGAUCAGCCCCCGUCCUCGGAGGGGGAGCUGACUGUUACCUCUGGCAUCCUGGGCAGAAUACACAAGUGGAAGAAUGAGAAUACGGGAAUGUUCAAGGACAAGUCAAAGUAUCCCACACUCACGCGCAUGUCCUACUGCCAGUGCAGGCUCAUCCUGGUCUUUGCCAGCGUCUUUCGCCAGUUCAAUUGGAAGCAUGUGGCCCUGCUGGUGGACAGAUCGGAGCUCUUCUCGUGGACGGUGGGCAAGAAUCUCGAGUACGGACUGCGGCAGGAGGGACUGCUGAGCUUUGUCCGCGAGCUAAAUGGCAACGAGGAGGAGAUCUAUGAGAACUAUCUGAGGGAUGCCAGCAUGUAUGCCAGAGUCGUUAUUUUAUCUGUGCGUGGGGUCUUGGUGCGAAAGUUCAUGCUGGCGGCCCACAGCCUGGGCAUGACCAACGGCGAGUGGGUCUUCCUGGACGUGGAGAUAUUCCAGAGCGACUACUGGGGCGACAAGGGCUGGGAGAUGAAGGACGGGCAGGAUGCGCGAGCGCGCAAGGCAUACGAGGCACUUCUGAGGGUGAGCCUCCUGCAGCCGACGAGUCCCAAGUUUCAGGAUUUUGCGGACAAUGUACGGGAGAAUGCGCUCUACGACUACAACUACACGUUUGGCGAGGGCGAGGAGGUGAACUUCUUCAUUGGCGCCUUCUACGAUGGCGUUUAUCUGCUGGGCAUGGCCCUGAAUGAAACCCUGACCGAGGGCGGCGACAUCCGGGAUGGGGUGAACAUCACGCGACGCAUGUGGAAUCGCACCUUUGAGGGCAUCACCGGCCACGUGCGCAUCGAUGACAAUGGCGACCGGGAUGCGGACUACUCGAUCCUAGAUCUGGAUCCCAUAAAUGGAAAAUUUUCCGUCGUCGCUCAUUAUUCCGGUGUCCACAAGGAAUAUGCAGCUGUGCAUGGCAAGAAGAUUCACUGGCCGGGCGGACGGGAGGAGCCGCCGCCGGAUGUGCCGCCCUGUGGCUUCCUGGGCAAUUCUCCGGACUGUCAUGACAAUGAGUCCACCAUUAUGUAUUCCAUAUUCGGCCUGUUCCUCUUUCUGGGUCUCGUCUUCCUCGUGAUUUGCUUGCUGCAAAAGCAAAUGAAGCUGAGCAAGGAGCUGAACAACAUGUCCUGGCGGGUGAGACCCGACGAUGUGCUCAUCGAAAUGGGCGGCAUGUUCGGCUCCAAGGGCGGCCUGCAGCGCCUCGACGUGGAGAAUAUCUCGCUGCAACAGUUUGGCAUCCACUCCGGUCGCGCCUCCAUAGCCAGCUUCACGUCGCUGCCGCCGCAGGUGUACACGACGAUUGGCCAGUUCAAGGGCGAGCGCGUGGCCAUCAAGAAGGUGAACGUGAAGAAGGUAGAGCUGACGCCCCAGCUGCUGUGGGAGAUCAAGCAGGCGCGCGACGUGAGCCACGAGAACACUGUGCGGUUCGUGGGCGCCUGCAUUGAUCUGCCCCGUCCCACGGUGCUAAUCCUCACGGAGUAUUGUUCGCGCGGCAGCCUGAAGGAUGUGCUGGAGAACGAGGCCAUCGAGCUGGACUGGAACUUCCGCAUGUCCCUCGUCCACGACAUUGUCAAGGGCAUGAGCUAUCUGCACAACAGCGACGUGGCGGCCCAUGGCAAGCUGCGCUCCUGCAACUGCCUCAUCGACGGCAGAUUUGUGCUCAAGAUAUCCGACUUUGGCCUGGCCACGCUGACCACGCCCUCGGACUUUGUGCGGGAUCAGAACUACUACUUGAAGCUCCUUUGGAUCGCGCCCGAGCUGCUGCCUCUGACAUCCAUCCCUGGCUGCUGUCCGGCCACCCAACGCGGCGAUGUCUACUCGUUUGGCAUCAUUCUGGAGGAGAUUGUGAACCGUGGCGGGCCCUACCAGGAGGCGCGCCAGCAGAUGGAUGUCCACACCAUCCUCCACAAGGUGCGGCAAUGCAAUGGGUUUCGGCCGCUCAUCAGGGAGCGAGAGUGUCCACCGGACCUACUAGAGCUAAUGGAAAAGUGCUGGGCGGACAACCAGGAGGAGCGGCCUGCCUUCUCCACGAUCCGCAGCAACAUACGCACCAUCAUGAAGGGCUUCUGCGAGAACCUAAUGGACGAUCUGCUGAACCGCAUGGAGCAGUAUGCCAACAAUCUGGAGAGCCUCGUGGAGGAGAAAACGCGCCAGCUGAGUCUGGAGAAGCAGCGCACGGAGGAGCUGCUGUACCAGAUAUUGCCGCGACCCGUGGCCCAGCAGCUGAUGGCCGGGGAUCUGGUGGAGCCGGAGGAGUUCAGCAGCGUCACCAUUUACUUCAGCGACAUUGUGGGCUUCACGGAGCUUUGCGCCCGCAGCAGCCCCAUGGAUGUGGUGAACUUCCUGAACGAUCUGUACAGCACCUUCGACCGGAUCAUCGGCUUCUACGACGUCUACAAGGUGGAGACAAUUGGCGACGCCUACCUGGUGGUCUCCGGCCUGCCCGAGCCCAAUGGCGAUAAGCACGCCCGGGAGAUCGCCCUGAUGGCACUGGACAUACUCCAGGCCGUCAGCUCCUUUAAUCUGAGGCACAAGCCGGAGUACAAGAUCCAGAUUCGCAUUGGUAUGCACUCCGGGUCCGUCUGUGCCGGCGUCGUGGGCAAGAAAAUGCCCCACUACUGCCUCUUCGGGGACACCGUGAAUACCGCAUCGCGCAUGGAGAGCACCGGCCAGCCCGGCAAGAUUCACGUGUCCUCCGCCACGAAGGCCAUUCUGGACAAGUUUGGCACCUUCCAGUUGGAGCAGCGCGGCGAUGUGGAGCUCAAGGGCAAGGGCACCAUGACCACCUACUGGCUGAACAGCACCAGCGAGGCCGAUGCACGCCCCCCGACACCGCAGAUCCUGAGCACCGACGAAGUGCCAUUCCCACUACUCUUCGCCGGCAUGGGAAAGUGAA